GGAGGGAGGACACCAGUAAUUGGACAACAUGUUUGGCAACUGCAGCGAAACACUCACUUAAUAUGCAGAGAUGAUAAUGAGUCCACAUCAUUAGAGUCGAAGGUGAAGUGGUGAACUGGAGGCAGAAGGUGGUGACGCAACAGUAUGGACGCCAACUGCAAAUACAGACAAUAAACAAGACCAUUAGAGGAGGACAUGGAGCAGUCAGACGAGCGCUUCCCUGGGCCGCAGGCCACAGUUUAUGUGGAGCAGAACUCAGAGGAGAUGGCUGAGGCUGGUGAGGCAUCCCAGGUGGAAACAGUAUCAGAGGAGAACAAGGGUCUGAUCUGGAGUCUGCUCAAACAGCUGCGGCCAGGUAUGGACCUGUCCAAAGUGUUGCUUCCAACCUUCAUCCUGGAGCCACGCUCCUUUUUGGACAAGCUGUCUGACUACUACUACCACGCUGACCUGCUCUCACAAGCCGUACUGAAGGAAAGUGCAUUUGAGCGCAUGAAGCAGGUGUUAAGAUGGUACUUGUCUGGUUUCUACAAAAAACCUAAGGGUCUUAAAAAGCCUUACAACCCAAUCCUGGGGGAAACGUUCCGCUGCUGUUGGCCCCACCCUCAGACUCAGAGCUGCAGUUUUUUCAUAGCUGAACAGGUGUCCCACCAUCCACCUGUCUCUGCUUUCUACGUCUGCAACAGAAAAGAUGGCUUUUCUGUCAGAGGAAGCAUCCUGGCCAAGUCCAAAUUUUAUGGCAACUCAGUGUCAGCUAUUCUGGAUGGUAAAGUCAGGCUGAUGUUCCUGAACAGGGAUGAGGAGUAUGUCAUCACAAUGCCAUACGCUCACUGCAGAGGAAUUCUGUACGGAACUAUGACACUAGAGCUGGGUGGGAAGGUUUCCAUAGAGUGUAAGAAAACAAAAUGUGUCACAAAAAUGGAGUUCAAACUCAAGCCUAUGUUGGGACGACCCUGCUCUGUCAAUCAGAUCAUAGGGAAGAUCACAGUAGGGGAUGAGACUCUGGCUACAGUUGACGGGUACUGGGACAGUGAAGUAUUUGUCUAUGACAAAUACUCAGGUCAGCAGGAGUUGCUGUGGAAUCCCAGUUCAGAAAUCCGCAGCCACCGUCUCAAGAGACAAGUGGUACCAGUUGAUCGGCAGAGGGAGUUUGAGUCUGAGAGACUGUGGCAGCAUGUGACCAGUGCCAUUUUGGAUCAGGACCAGCAGCAGGCCACUCAAGAAAAGUCUGUGCUAGAGGAGGCUCAGAGGAGAGAAGCCAAGGAGAGAGGAGACACACAGUGGAUCCCACGACUUUUCCAAAAGGACCCUGUCAACUCUGAGUGGAUCUACAAGCACAUGGAGAUGCAGCUGUGGGACCCAGGUCAAUGUCUGGUUCAGUUUGAGAAGGAUGGUGUGAUCCAGACGCAGGAGAAAACUCGACACAAUGAACGGCCUGACAACAGCAGUUGGACAGAUCAAAAAGAGGUCGCACAGCUACCUAAAUGACACCUGUGUUUUACCUGCCAGCCUUGGCCCAGCUAUUGAAGUUUGUCUUUCUCUCGUGUUGGUAUUGAUUGAGCUCCGACCAUUACUUGAAUAUGUAGUUCAUGUAAAAAAGAAGUGAAUAGUCAGAAAUGUGUUAAGGUAAAGUGGUCAUGUUUUAAGGAAAUAUAGUCAUAUUAAUUAAAUUAAUUAAAUGUCGCACUGGUCAGUGCCAUCUUAAAUACCUGGGGAACACCUUGGAAAUAGACUUUUUAAAAACUAUAGCAUAAAUAUAUCAAAAUAGUUUUUGUAUGUUAGUUACAUGGGUUUUACUAGAAAAAAAAGAUUUCAUUUAAAUUGUGUAUAUCCAAUAUAUUAAAUGGCAUGUGAGGAGUAGAUUCCAAAUGAGGAUUUUAUUGUACAGUUUAAAGAAGAGGCGGCGCACAUUCACAAUUUAACAGUUACAUGUAAAAGAUUCAUUGGCAGGAAAAUACAAAACAACAUGCUGAAAACCCAACAUUUAUCAAGUUAUAUAAGGUGUGUUUUUCAUUUUUAUAUGUCCGUAUUCCUAUCCAACAAUAUUUAUAUCUCCUUUAAGAAUGCAUAUAAUAAUCAGGCUACUGUCGCUUUUUCCACUAGAGGGAGCCGUUGAUGUAUGUAACUGUCUUUUAAUAAAUCCUCCAUUGUCUGUCCUUA